GUCAGUUUGAACCGUUCAUACACCACAUAUCUCGACGACGACCACGACAGGAACGCCGCAAAGAUGACCACCGAAGCCAUCAAACAGGAGGUCAAGGAGGAGCUUGUCGCCCCCGAGGUGAAAGCCGAAGAGCUGAAGAGCAAAGUCGCCACCACCGAGGAGGCGGAGGUGAAGGUCGAGGACACCAUCAGUGAGAUCCCGGUGAAGCAGGAAACGUCUGAUACAAAGAUCACUCCGGCCGAUGAUCAGUCAGCGGAACAACCUACGGCCCCAGUAGCUCCCACCUCGGCUCCUAUGCAGAGGAUUGGCUUGGCGCCAUCCCAUCCACUGCCUGAGGACCCUGAGAAGAGGGAGCUGUAUGCCAAAAUUCUCAAGCAGGUCGAAUAUUACUUCAGUGAUGUCAACCUCCCCCGGGAUAGAUUCCUCCUGGAGACCAUCAACAACAGCCCCGAAGGCUGGGUCAACAUCACAGUCCUCCUCACAUUCAACAAGCUGAAGGAGCUCACAACCGACGUGGAACUCGUCGCAAAAGCUCUGAAGCACAGCCCGCAAAUGCUACAGGUCUCGCCGGACAGCACGCAAGUGCGCCGGUUGACGCAGAUCAGGCCUGUUCACCCUGCAAACAGGAAGUCGAUUUACGCUAAAGGAUUCCCUGUGGACAUGAAGGAUGUGCCCGCCGAGGUUCGGAAGUUCUUCACUGCAUAUGGUCGAGUUCGCAACGUAAGGGCGCGGCGCGAAAAGGGCGGGUAUGCGGCGAAGUUCAAGGGGUCCGUCUUUGUCGAAUUUGAAACCGAGGACGAGGCCACGAAGGUCCGCGACAUGACAAUCUCGUACAAGGAGACCCCACUGCUCAUGUAUAUGAAGGACGAGUACAUCGAAAUCAAGCAAAAAGAGUACGGCGAAAAGAUGCACCAGCCAGAAGCGGAUGGCCUCCCCCAGCUGAACUACCUGAAGCCCUUCGAAGCACGCCGCGGGACGGGGUCUGUGCAGGGCACAGCUCUUGCGCGCGAGCACCAGAACAACACAUCACAUCGGGUCGAGAACUGCAUCAUUCACUUUGAUGGGGCGGGCCCUCUUGCGCUUUUCGAGGAUGUCAAGCAAUUCUUCGCCGGCUUCGAGCGCGUCCGCUUCCUCCGGUACAACUCCGGCGACCCCACCGGCUACGUCGUCUUCGCCAACCCCAACACCGCCCCCGCCUUCCUCACCAAAAUCAACGCGUCCCCCGAAGGCGUCGUCGAAGCCCCCAACGGCAUCGCCGAAUCACGCACCGUCUUCCGCGUGGCGACGCCAGAGGAAGCCGACACGCACUGGGAUAACUUCGCUGAGAUGACGCGUAAGAAGAACCGCGGCCCGCCUGGUAACAACACCGUCACGAACAACAACCGAGGUGGAGGUCGUAAUGGCGGGUUCGGUGGGAACAGGGAUGGGAACCGGGGCGGUGGUCGUGGUCGUGGAGGACGGGGCGGGUUCAGGGGUGGACCCCGGGGUGGUGCGCCCGGUGGGUUUGGCGCGGAUCGGAACUCGCGGGAUAGGAACAAGCCGCCGAUGAUUUCGUCGGGUGGGGCCGCUGCCCCGGGAGGAGAGAAGCGGAAGGCGGAGGAUGGUGCGGCGGGUGCACCGGCUACGAAGGUGCCGAGGGCGGAAUGAGCGGACCGCCGAUUCUGCCCACCUUACCACCAUAUUCAGCUCUCCGAAGAUCAGAUCUAGCAACAACCCUCUGACCAUAUUUAUUCAUGUUAGCGCACCCCGCACUCCCAUCAGAGCAGAUCCCUCCGCAGAGUAGGAGAUAGCUGAGGCAGCCAUCAUCUAUCUCACAACCGCACUUGUAAAUAAAACUUCAAAACCGCUUACUACGAUCGGCCUUAAUAUGGAUUCCACGGUGGGAUAU